UCUACCACGCCACGCAGACGAGACACACCUACAACAGCAUCGCAUUGAUAUCAAUCUGAAGAUUGAAUGUGAUUCAAAGACAAUGAAUUUUUAUUUCAUUGUGUUAGUGGUGUUUUUGCCAACUGUGUAUGGGGCAUCGGAUCUAGUAAUGGUGAAAUAUGCCAUUACUGCCCCCGAAAAGCCUGUGUUCACAGAAAAGAGCAGCAGCACGAUGAUCACAUUCGACCUGGAAGUGAAGAACACCGGUGACGCUUUGGACGCUGCUGAAAAUGGCCACUUUACGGCUGAAGUAUUUCUCUACGACCAAUCAGAGUCGGCGACAGAGACAUCAUGUGGUUUUACGACAACUAUUCCAGAGGGUGAGUCCGGACGUGAUUUAGUGAAAGGUCCGAUCACUACACAGGGCACAAUCAAUGUACAGGGGAUUACAUCUACGGUUAACAUCACUGGGUGUGCGGCAAACUGUAAAGCCUACGAAUUCCUGUGUGUAGUACUGAAACCUGCAGCCGCUGACGAUGACGCCACCAACAACGGUUACUGUCUUCCUUUUGGGACAGCGCCCCCUGCAGGUGCAGGCAGCAAAAAAUGCAGUAGUGCGGGUAAUGGCACUGCUGGCUUUCUAGAUCUCACUGUGGUAUCUGUAUCCUGUCUCCUAUCACUGGUGCUCGUUUGGACAAAAUAGCACGAUCCUCCUGAAAAUGACGUCGAUCGUGCUGAUUUUUUCUUACUUUUGAUGUUUAUUACGUUCAUUCAUUAAUAUCAUACUUUGGGGGAAGUAUAAUGUGUUUAUUCACUCAAAGCAGCAGUCUUGUCACAAAUCUGGCACAUGAUCAAGACCUCGGCCGAAAACUGUGGCAGGACUGGGUGGAAUUUCACGUUAUGGACGUAGAGGACGUCACUUACCGCCAACCUCGAUCAUGACAACUGAACUCAACUUUUAAUUCUACG